AUGCGUUCUUGUGGUGUUAAGAGUGCAACUCUUGAUUCCCUUCACAACUUGACAUCUCUUCUUAGUCUUGACCUAUCAGGAAAUCAACUCACAAGCACAAUACCUAAAUCACUGGGUAACCUUUGCAAUUUGAGACAUAUCGAUAUGGGUGGUAACAGUUUUCAAAACAUUAGUUUAACAAGCCUUCUUAGAAGUUUUUUGGAUUGCAAAUCACCAAGCCUUGAAUCAUUAUAUCUCGAGUCCUCACAGCUAUCUUGUUCUUUACCCAAUCAACUUGAACAACUGGUAAACUUAGUGCACCUCGACCUAGGAUACAAUGGUAUUUCUGGACCAAUUCCAGAGUCAAUAGGAAACCUAUCAUUUUUGAGAUCACUGUAUCUUCUAGAGAAUCUUAUCUCCGGUCCAAUUCCAUACUCUGUCGGAGGACUAUCAUCAUUGGAGACGUUAGCUGUUUCAUAUAACCAUUUGACUGGUACCCUUCCUGAAAGCCUGGGUCAACUUUCUAAGUUGGAGUAUUUACAUCUCUCUCACAAUUUAUUGACGGGUGUCGUGACAGAUGUUCAUUUUUCCAAACUUAUAGGAUUGAAAAACCUAGAGGGAAGUGGAAACAACUUAACCCUUAGACCACACCAUGCAAACUGGGUUCCCUCUUUCCAACUAGAAAACUUGUACAUAAGUUCUUGGGAUUUGGGGCCUCAAUUUCCAUUGUGGCUGCUAACGCAGAGAGAUUUAUCGCGUUUGGAUAUGAGAAAUACAAAGAUAUCAUCAACCAUGCCUGAAUCAUUUUGGAGGUCAUUCCCCAAUCUAGAAGAACUAGAUAUGUCUCAAAAUCAAAUUCAAGGAAGGUUGUUUGAAAUCCCAGCAACAAUUUAUGAAGUUGACUUGAGUUCUAAUUUGUUUAGCGGGAAAUUGCCUAAACUUUUCAACAGUUCAAUGUUAAAGCUCCUCGAUCUAUCAAAUAAUUCCUUUACAGGAUCACUAUUUCAUUUAUUGUGUUCUUGGGGUGGGAAUGAGAUAGAAGCUCUUAAUCUAGCAAAUAAUCAUUUGUCUGGUGCCAUUCCUGAUUGUUGGGAAAAGUGGCAGAGUUUGAUAUUCUUGAACUUGGAGAACAACAAUCUGUCUGGUGUAAUUCCGACAACUAUGGGAUAUUUAUCUUCUCUCGUGUCAUUGAAUAUGUGCAAAAACAAGUUGUCUGGAAGACUACCUGCUUCUCUAAUGUGGUUGAAAGAAUUACAAAUCCUUGAGUUUGCUUCAAAUGAACUUGUUGGGAGCAUUCCAACAUGGAUUGGGACAGAACUUUUAGAUUUGAGAAUUCUAAACCUCCGAUCAAACAAUUUUGAUGGAACCAUAUCUCAUGAGCUCUGUUAUCUUACAGCUAUUCAGAUCUUGGACUUCGCUCAUAAUAAUCUAUCAGGAAAUAUUCCAAGAUGCUUCAACAACUUUACUGUCCUGUCUAAGAAAGAAACUACCGAAAUUAAUUCAGUUUCGAUGAUCUUUGGCUUUGGCUUUGGGUUUAUUGAAAUCAAAAAUAGUGCUUCAUUGGUGAUGAAGGGGCAAGAGUACACAUAUAGCACUAUUCUUGGUUUGGUGAUGGUUUUGGACCUUUCAGGUAACAAACUUUCAGGGAGCAUUCCAGUUGAGCUAAUGGCCCUUCAGGCAUUACAAUCGUUGAACAUAUCAAAUAAUCAGUUGACAGGAGUUAUACCAAAGAAUAUUGGAGACAUGAAGUUACUCGAAUCAUUUGAUGUAUCUUUGAACCAUCUUUCUGGGGAGCUUCCUAUGAGCUUGUCAAGCUUGACUUUCUUGAGUAGCUUCAAUGUGUCUUUCAACAACUUGACUGGAAGAAUCCCAUCAAGCACACAGCUACAGAGCUUCAAUGAAUCCAGCUUCUUCGGCAACAAACUCUGUGGAGUUCCACUAACCCAGAUUUGUGGAGAAAUAGAGCAUCAUAAAGAUCAACAAGAAGGUGAUACGUCACAUGGAGUGGAUUUUGGAUUGAUUAUUAGCAUCUUGCUUGGAUUUUUUGUUGGGUUUUGGUCCAUUGUCAUUCCCCUGAAUGUUGGAACAAUUUGGAUUUCGUUGUCUAAAUUGAGGUAUAUGUUGGGUUGUUAA